AAACUUGAAAACAUCAUGUCGACCUCUGCGUCCCAGGCUACUUCCGUCAACCCGAAUACCUUAAUCACGGUCAAGGUGCUUUACAAUGACAAUACUCGUCGCUUCAAAAUCCCUCUAAAAGAGCUUGAAGCUCGUGUUCUCCCCCAAAAGCUCCGUCAGCUUCUUGGCAUCCCGAGAGAUGUUAACGUCACUCUCGAACGUUUAUCUGACAGCGCCGGUUGUUAUAUCCACCUGGACAGCGAAAACAGUGCUGUCUACAAGCAACUCUACCGUGCUGCAAAGGCCAAACUGAAACUUCGAAUCAGAGUUACGGAGGUUGACACUACUACCUCUCAAUCACCAUUACCCGCAGAAGAUUCCUCUGAGCACCAGGAUCAGGUGAGAUACAGCUACCUUCAAACAGUAUUAAGCUCUCCGCUCCCUGAAGGGUCGGCUAAAGCUGUUUCCGAAUCGCCACAUGAUGCUGUGAAGCCCACCGAAACUGAGCCUGGGGCCAUGCAAUGGUCUAAUACGGGUGUUGUAGCUCCUGAGCCACCACACCAAGACUUUAGCUUGGGCCAGGAUAACCUCAACACCCCCGUGGUCUCACAUAAGUCUCCCACAGGUGUCUUUUGCAUUGAUUGCAAUCAUUGUGGUUUAUCUAUUCCUAAUGAGCACUAUCACUGCAGUAUCUGUGAUGAUGGUGAUUAUGACCUAUGUCUCCAUUGUGUAGACUCGGGUGUUACCUGUCCAAAUGAGGACCACUGGUUAAUUAGACGCAUCGUUAAAGAUGGCAUUGUCACCAACAGCACCACAGAGACUGUUGCUCCUCGAAAGCUCCAGACUGAUGGUCCCGAGGAGUCCCCCGAGAAGGUCGAACAGAAAUCAAAGUUUGUCCCAGAAUCCGUCUCUGAAGACACUCCAAAGACUUCACCAGUUGUUGUUGAAGUCCCUAUCCACUCGGAAGCCCGGAUUUGCAAUGCUUGUCUCAAGGAGUUUAACGAAACCAAAAUGGUCACUUGCCUUCAGUGCAAGGACUAUGAUCUUUGUAUCACAUGCCUUCUGAAGGAUGCCCAUGGUCAUCACCCAGCUCACAACUUUUCUCUUCUUCAUGACGGGCCCUUCUGUCUGAAGAAUUUGGUUUUGUCACGCUGUAAACCUGGACGCCGCUAUCAACAUGCCGCCAUCUGUGAUGGCUGCGAGAAGAAUGUCGUCGGUGUGCGCCAUAAGUGCCUCACCUGUCCUGAUUGGGAUUAUUGCUCUGAGUGUUUUUCAAAUGCGCCAGAGACUCAUCCUGGUCAUCGAUUCGCUCCAAUUUAUGAGGCCAUAUCUGAGCCAUCUCAGGCUCAUGAGGUCCACUAUGGCAUCUUCUGUGAUGGGCCCCUUUGCAAGAACAAGGCAGUCCCUGGAUAUAUAACUGGGGUCCGUUACAAAUGCUCUGUGUGCUACGAUCUCGAUUUCUGCGCCAGUUGUGAGGCGCUUCCGACCAAUACGCAUAACCGAACUCACCCAAUGGUCAUGCUCAAGACUCCUGUUCGCAAUGUUACUAUCAGUACACUCCAAGAGGAUAGAUUCGGAGGAUCUACAGUCGCCCUUGGCGAUCAUGCUCAAAGAUCCCCAUCGACCCAAGCCAUCAAUUCGGUGGAACCCGAACGCUGUAUCCCCGAUGUGCCCGUUAAAGAAGAGUCGGGGUUAUCACAAGACAGUGAGACCGUGAAGCAGGAACGUCCACUUUCGAAGGAGCAGCCAAUUAAAACUGAGAAGUCCACUAACAAUGCGGCUUCCGGAUACGACGCUCUAUUCGUGCGUGACACUGUACCUGACAGCACCAUUAUGUCGCCUAACAAGGUGUUCCGUCAGACCUGGACUCUCUAUAACCCCGGCCCGCUUGCGUGGCCUGCUGGAAGUGACGUGCGCUUUGUUGGUGGUGAUUCAAUGUUCAAUGUCGAUACCAACCACCCUUUGAGUCUGGACUCUAUCUCUGCUGCUAUGGAAAGCAACAAGUUGCCAGAGCCGCUAGAGCCCGGCCAGAGCGCCGACUUCACUGUAACACUCAAAGCUCCCAGUCGAGUAGGUACCGCCAUCUCGUACUGGCGACUGAAGCUCCCAAAUGGCAUGCCCUUCGGUCAUAGACUGUGGUGUGAAAUCCAAGUACGGGAAAAUGUACCUUCUAUCAAAGGCCCAUCUCCAUCUGGCUUGGAGCCGGAGGGAGCACACGGCUCGGAACGCGCCGAAAGCCAUAUGAUCUUCCCUAAACUGGAGAAGGAGUCCCCUGACGCAAGUACCCAUGAAGGGGGUAUUGUAGCACCAGUGGCUCCCUCCGUGUCCAACCCGUCUGAGCAAGAUGUCCUGGAAGAUGUGGAGAGUCUGUCGUUGGGUGAUCAUGAAACGGAGAAUGGGUUCUUAACUGAUGAAGAGUAUGACAUUUUGGAUGCCAGUGACCAGGAAUUUAUGGAUGUCAAGUCGCACGAUAAAGGAAAGUGUAUCACCGCCAUGGGGAGUUUACUCAAUCUUGCUAUCCUUACCAUCUUGGUGGCGACGUUCUACGGCCCUGUAUACCGGCAGCUGACUGUGUUGGGAGUGCUCCGGAAAGCCACAGACGAGGUAAGAUUGGCAGAGCAACAGGCCUUCCACAGAAUUGAAGACACGAUGCAAUGUGAAGAUCUACAUUAUUACAUGCCUUCCCAUAAGAUCUUCACUGCCUGUGAAGACUCUGUGCUGCCCCGAUUCAAGUGGUUUCCUCCCUUAGGGAACUUCGAAGGGCCGGUGGAUUCGACUGGGUCCAUCCAUGUCAUUGAUCCCAGGACCAUGAAAUCGACACGUCUAGCCUUUGAAAACUUCGCUGGCCCCUUAAUCACGCAUGGGAUAGAAGUCCUGGAAGACCCGGACAGUCCCGAUGCCGUCUAUAUCUUUGCUGUGAACCAUUUGCCAAACAUGGCGUAUUACCAUGCUGGUCUACAUUCCCAGGAAAUUCCGAAGGCGCGCUCGCAGGUUGAGCUCUUUCAUCAUGUUCUUGAAACUAACACGGUCCGGCAUGUGCGCUCCAUCAGGCAUUCACUGAUCGCUACCCCAAAUGACAUUAUUGCUGAGAGUCCUCUCUCCUUUUAUGUUACUAAUGACCACUUCUACCGUGAGGGCUUCAAGCGUCAAAUCGAAGAUCUUUUUCCUGCAGCCAAGUGGUCUAACAUCGUGCAUAUUCAACUGGACAGCCUUGAAUCAGAGCAGGCAGAAACCGGCGUUGAUGCUAAAGUGGCGUUGACUGGAUUACAAAACAACAACGGUCUUGGACAUGGCCAAUCGGAGGGGGAACUACUCAUCUCUAAUGCCAUCGGCGGGAUAAUGUAUCGUGGCCGGACGAAUCCUGAAACCCACAAUAUCUCUAUCGUGGACGAGGUUCAUUUCGAUAGUUCUAUCGACAACCCGAGCUAUUAUGCGGACCCAUACCGGACUUCCUCUGAUGACGCCAGUGGCUACGUGCUCGCAGGGCUACUACGAACCAUCGACGUAGCUAAGAAUCAUGCCGAUCCAAAUGGUAAGGACGGUGCUAUGGUGUGGUAUACACGUCCCAAGGCCACAAAGGAAGAAGGGGGUGCUGUAGAAUGGGAGACUCGCUUGAUAUUUGAAGAUGACGGAACGAACAUUAGGUCGAGUAGCACAGCAUUGUUAGUCCCCAUUGAGCCGAAGCCCCAAGAGAAGAAGAAAGCGUGGCUGUUCGUAACCGGCUUUGUCUCAGAAAGUGUUAUUGCUGUUGAAGUCUUGCUAUAA